AGACUGUUCUUUGCUGGAGCCAGAGAGGGCCACCUCCCCAGUCUGCUGGCUAUGAUUCAUGUGAAACGCUGCACUCCCAUCCCUGCUCUGCUCUUCACUUGCCUGUCUACCCUGCUUAUGCUGUGCACCAGUGAUAUGUACACCCUCAUCAACUAUGUGGGCUUUAUCAACUACCUCUUCUACGGAGUCACUGUCGCCGGGCAGAUUGUCCUGCGUAUUAAACAGCCUGACAUUCACCGACCAAUCAAGAUCAGCCUAAUCUGGCCAGUCAUUUACCUCAUCUUCUGGGCCUUCUUGCUCAUCUUCUCCCUUUACUCCGAGCCUGUGGUGUGUGGCAUCGGCCUGGCCAUCAUGUUGACCGGCGUCCCCGUCUAUUUCCUGGGAGUCUACUGGGACAAUAAGCCACAGUGCUUUGACGCCUUUGUUGAUAAAAUGACAUACCUGGGCCAGAAGUUCUGCGUGGUGGUUUAUCCAGCCACAGGAUCUAGUGACGGGAACGGAGAUGAAGGAGAGGAAAUGAAGGAGGCCAGGUCUCCGCUGUCCAACGAGGACAGUGACAACCACAAGUCAGCGGACUGCUAAAGUCUUACUCUACCGCCUGCCAAAAUAAACAGACAUAUGCAGACGCACACGUGGGUGCACACAAACACACGUGCAUACACCACAGUCUAUAGUGGAUUUACUGAUCAACACAUGUGCCCCCCCCCACCCGACUUUGUCUUUCAUAUUUUUAUUUGGUUUUAUAUCAAUCAAUAAUUUAAGUGCCAAAUAUAGCAUGAGGUAUUUAGAGUAAUAUGACCCCAAACUUUUCAGUCUGGGGUCCUUCACAAGUGCAAUAAAGAAAGGCUAGCACCUUCCAACUCCUCCAUGAAUGCUUAAACAAAAACAUUUACCACUCAUCGUCCUGCUUCUCUUCCGACACACACUCCCUGCACACUCCUACUGUAAGAGCGUCAUCUUUUUUUUUUUUUUUUUUUAUCAAAAGACUCUUAUUGUACUGUGAUGGCUACGCAAACUUUUUCUUUGUUUUGUUUUUCUUGACAUUGUAAAUGUUGCUUUCAACACACCAAAGCUGUAUUUUUGAUCGUCAAAGCAGAAAAUCAGAUUCAGAUCAAGUAAUUUCAAGUUGUGAAGUACACUAAGUACUAUGUUUUGUUUUUAAAGGUGACUGUGAUUCCAAAAUAUUUUAUCUUUUGUAAUUGUGAUAAUUGUUUAUAUCAUUUGACUUUGUUGUUAUGCUAGUUUUAAUAUGUUAAUUUUAGAUUUGUUGAUAUUUUUUUUUCUAUUCAACAUCAUAUACAUCUGGGCCUAUUUUUUUACUCUUGUGGAGGCGUACACCUGAAAGCUGAUGUGUGAGUUGUAGUUUGUAUCGGUAAAUGGUGCACAGUUCUUGUUAAUUGCCUUAAUUAGAAUAUAGUCUGUACUGUGUCACUACAGCUUUGUUUUGACAGUAAAUCCUCGUACUUCGGGAUAGUUUAACAUUUUAUGGAAGUAAUAAAAAAAAAAAAAA